AUGCCGCUUCUGCUUCCAUUCCUGUGCGGCGCCAUCGGUGGUGCGGUGACAACGCUCUUCGUUUUCGCCUUUGUCUUCCUCAAGAUUGAGGAAUUGCUGCAGAGCACUGUGCGGCGCAGGGAGGAAAAGGCGCUGCAGUACAAAGAGACCGCCGCCGCAAGUGACGGGGCACUCCAGUCGAAGGUGCAGGCGGUAUGCUCGAUGGCGUGCUUCGACAACAACAUUGUGGGGCACACCAUUCCUGUCCGUGCCGUUCUCUACGGCAGAACCAUUUACGUGUACCGCGUCGACAGCGACAGCACGGCGGGCGGGGAGGAGCACCCGGACACGGCACGGGAGUAUUUGAUUGGAAAGAUCAACACCGUCACGGUCGCCAGCUCGUCGGAGAAGGUGUCCAAGUACCACCGCCACACGGGCAUGACACGGCACGCACCGGUGCGGGGGAAGUGCCUUGUGCUGCGCCGCAAAGAGGGUCUCCCACUCUUUCUGCAGGACCCAGUGGCGGAGUUGGCACGCCAGCACCAGCGGCAAUAUGAGCAACAACGGCGGUUGGAGGAAAAGGAAUAUCAACUGAAGGAAGAACGCCGCUUCGGUACACUACGCCAUCACCGCCAUGGUCACGGCAACAGCAGGAGGAACAAGCAUCACGACGCCAUUCACCGCCAGGGUUAUGCGAUGGGGGAGGGCAGCACUAACGUCAUCGACUACAGCAACAGCGACGGUGCCGAUGUGGCCAUUGCUGGUGCGAAUCAUGGUGAAGCUGAACAUAGCUUUUCUGAUGAGAGAGACCACGACGACUUCGGCACGUGGACGGCUGUGCUGUUCAAGCUGCCAACCAGGCGCGAGCUGGAGCGCUGGCUCAACCUCCUCCAGACUACUCCACAAUCGGAGGAGUGGCGUGGGUUCAUCAAACGCCUACCGCAAAUUGACGUGUUUAACCUCGUCAUGGCCCGCCUCUUCUUCGAGAACACCCGCACCAGCGGACUACAGGAUCUCUUCGUAGGCAAACUGCGCCGCAAGCUGCGCAAGGUGUCAAGCAAGCUCCCAAAACACAUGCAAGGGGAAAUUUUGCUCGAUCGAUUAGAGCUCGGCGACGAGAUUCCGCUGAUUCACGACGUGAGUGAGCCGAGCGUAUCACCGAACGGUGAACUUGAGUUUGAUUUUGAUCUUCUCUACCGCGGCGGGCUGCAGCUGAGCCUCCGCUUCUCCAUUACAUACCGCGGCGUGCGGGUGCCGGACAUCAUCUUCAAAGUGAAGAUGCUCGAGCUGUCGAACCGGAUGCGGCUCAGCGUCGGGCCGCCGCCGACAGGCAAGAUUUGGGUCGGCAGCUCGCGGCUCCCGCAGCUGCGGCUGGAGUUCACACAGGAGGUCGCCUCCCAUGACGGCCUGCUGAACGCUGUGCUGAAGCUGAUGCCCGACAUGAGCGUUGUCAUGACGAACGUGGUGAAGGUGAAGCUCUUCGAAGACAUGCUGCUGCCAUCGAUGGAGGACUUCCCACUGCCGUGCUUUAGCUACUCGCCCAACUCGUCGGACCGGGACUCGCCGGUGACGGACCUCAACACCGCUGGCUCCUCCAGCAUCGACGAGCGUUGCCGGCUAAAUUCCAUGCCGCCCUUUACGGUCACCGACACGCGCCAGAUCUUCUCGUUGGCGGCAGUAGAAGCAACAGACGUCAAUGGUGCGGGCGUGCGGCCACUCGAUAUCGAGAUGAUAAAUGACGAGACCGCAAGUUUUGUUUCGUCGGGCGCCUCGUCGACGUUAGUGCCGGGCUCGUCGGUAAGUGCGCCGUGGCGACGCGUGAAGUCAUCGAAGGCGAAGCAGUCGGGCGCUGAAGCAAAGGACGCCGCCAAGAAGAAUGUAUGA